GACUAUAAGGAUUUCCGCAUUAUAGCGGUAGACGCAUAAGUGUUGUCUAGACAAAGACAAUCGCAUUGAGUACUGAAAUAAUGUACCUACCUACCGUAUUCAACGAUCACUAUACUAUGUACCUACUAUACAUACCGUAUUUUCAUGUUUGAUGGAUAUCGCAUAUUAUGCGACGCCUCGUAAGAAAAGUGGUGCAAGAUUAGUGGUGCAAUAUUUUAAUGUCGAAGAUCGGAACGGACUAAAAGAUCUUCCAAUAUCACUCCAGGAAAAACAACGAAAUGCUGUCGGGAUGGCGCCUUGUUUUAUCAAAACUAUUCAUAAUACCACAAAGGUAUGUGUUUGCAAUAAUGGCGCUAUUGGCUGUCGCUAACGCGUACACAAUGCGCGUAUGUCUCAACUUGGCCAUCACGCAGAUGGUGAAGAAGACAAUCGCAGUUGAAGGAGAUGAGAACUGGGACCCCGAUGCUUGCCCAGAUCCUAACGCCUUAGCUAAUAAGACAAUGAGACUAUCGGAUUAUUUGUUCAGGCAAACUGGCCCCAUACUUUUUCAAUGGAGCGAAGCAACUCAGGGUCUUAUUCUGAGUUCGUUUUACUACGGUUAUGUCUUAACACAUAUUCCUGGGGGAAUGAUCGCUGAGCGGUACGGAGGAAAAUGGGUGCUUGGAGGAGGGUUGUUAUCGACAGCUGUUUGUACGUUCAUCACGCCGUACGCUGUCAAAUCUGGUGGCGCGACGGCUUUAUUUAUUCUACGUGUUAUUGAAGGAUUCGGUGAGGGUCCAACUAUGCCGGCACUUAUGGCAAUGAUAUCCAAAUGGGCACCGAAGACAGAAAGAGCUCGCAUGGGAGCUAUUGUUUUUGGUGGUGCCCAAAUUGGUAAUAUAGCUGGUUCAUAUUUCUCCGGCCUUAUUAUGCAUACGGGGACAUGGGAAAACGUGUUUUACUUGUUUGGUGGUUUCGGUCUUGCGUGGUUUGCAUUAUGGACUGUUCUUUGCUACAGUACACCGAACACGCAUCCUUAUAUAUCGGACAGUGAGAAAAAGUUCCUGAAUGAAAAUGUGCAGGCCUUAAUUCAUAGUGAAAAACAAGUAUUGGAUCCAGUGCCAUGGAAAGCGUUAUUAAGAUCUAUUCCUCUUUGGUCCCUUAUUAUUGCUGGUAUCGGCCAUGAUUGGGGCUACUUUACGAUGGUGACAGAUUUGCCUAAAUACAUGACUGAUGUACUGAAAUUCAACAUCAAGCGUGCUGGAUUACUGUCUGCCUUGCCCUACAUCUCUAUGUGGAUUGCUUCGUUCUUCUUUGGACUUCUUUGUGAUUUCUGUAUCAAGAGAAAGUGUCACAGCAUCCAAAAUGCAAGAAAGAUUUAUACUACUAUAGCGGCAACCGGUCCAGGAAUAUGCAUACUCCUUGCUUCGUACUCGGGAUGUGAUACAACACUAGCAGUGUUUUGGUUUAUUGCUGCUAUGACGUUGAUGGGUGCCUACUACAGUGGCAUGAAGAUCAAUGCUCUUGAUAUUACGCCGAACUAUGCUGGUACUACCACUGCAAUGGUGAACGGUAUUGCCGCAAUAUCUGGCAUCAUUACACCCUAUUUGAUUGGUCUACUAACACCAAAUUCAACCCUAAAAGAGUGGCGUGUAGCAUUUUGGGUGUGCUUUGGAGUUUUGGUUAUAACAAACGUCGUAUACCUCAUCUUUGCUAAGGGCGAGCAGCUAUGGUGGGACGAUGUGAAAAUACAUGGCUACCCUGUAAACUGGAAACACGGGCCGUUGUCUUUACGACCAAUUGACUCUGAAAAGGCUGAAAGUGAACAGACGAAAGAAAAACAAUAGACCAAGGAGUAUUAACUAUUUAUAAGUGGUAUUAUUAGCUUUAAGUUUGUAAUUUAUUAUAAAAAAAAGAAAAAAGGAGAAUACAUGUUUUGUACA